GUAUUAUUAAAAUUUAUUUGAUUAAAUAACGAAAUUUACUCAUCAACCAGAGAGGAAUCCUACAUUUUCACCAACUCCAUCAUGAAUUUCUUCAAAUCCGUUUUUUCCGAUGAUGAUGAUCCCCAACCCAAACCCGACGCCGAAUCCUUCAACACCAAAUUACACCCAGAUGAACAAAACCCAGAGCCCAACACUGCUUCCAAGCCCCAACCUAGCAAUGGCGGUGAUGGUGAUGGUUGGAGUUUCGGUGGUUUAAUCAAAACCCUAACCUUUAAAUCUGAAUCGGUCAUCGAAACCUACCGCCGCGAUCUGCAGGAGUUCGGGACGGGCCUAAGAAAGGAACUUGAGGUGGCCCAGAGAUCCAUAGGGACAGUCGGUUCAGUCAUUGACGAAUUUGGAAACACCGUUUUGAAAGGGACGGCUCAGAUCAUCUCUCACGGUAAGGAUGCUAUCCUAGCUGUUGAGCACGAAUCCGAUUCAUCUGAUAAUAAUGGUAAUCAGAAUAAUAAUAGUGAGCAACGCAAACGGUAUAGUCGUUUUGAUGCUCAGGUUCGUGCAAUUCAGGGAGAUGUAAAUACUUAUUGUGAGGAAGUUGAUGAUUUAGACGAUUAUAAUAAGUGGAAAUCUGCGUUUGUUUUGGAUACCAUGAAUGAGGAAAUUGAGAGCCUGUUUGACCAAAACGGUGCUGUGGAGAGUAUAUAUAAAAGGCUUGUGCCUAAUACUAUUGAUCAUGAGACCUUUUGGUAUAGGUAUUUUUAUAGGGUGUUUAAGCUUAAACAGACUGAGGAUUUGAGGGCCAGUCUUGUGAAGAGGGCCAUUUCUGGCAUUUCAGCUGAAGAGGAAGAGGUCUUAAGUUGGGAUGUUGACGAUGAAGAUGCAGAGGAUGAGAGUGGGAGUAAUGUGUUGGAGAAAUUGAAUCAGAAGGAAAUCAAGGAUGUAGGUAGCAAAAAUUCUGGAAAGGAUGAUAGUAAAGAGACUGAAGCUGCAGUAAAAUGUGAUUUAUCUGAAAACAAGGAGUUGGGUGAUAAGACAAUAGUCAAGGAAGAUAGUUUGAGAGCUGAAGAGGGAGAGAAGAGUUCCAAGUCAGAUGCGGAUGAAGCUGGUAAAGAAAGUGUUGUGGAAUCAUGUAGUGAUGUUAAUGAGAAAGUGAGCUUGGGGAAGAAUAGCAAAAUGAACAUGGAAGAUUCAGGUUUGAAAUCAGAUGAGAAGGUGCGUUUGAUGGAUAAGGGAGAGACAGAGGAGUCCAGUAAAAAUAGUGACUUUUCGGUUGUGUCAAGCCAGCCAUCUGUGCCCGAGGAAGAAGACCUUGGGUGGGAUGAGAUCGAGGAUCUCAGCAGUAUUGAUGAGAAGAAAGUGACUAAUGCUGGGAGCCCCAAUAGAGUUGAUUUGAGGAAGCGACUGAGUGCUGCAGAAGAAGAGGAAGACUUGAGUUGGGGUAUUGAAGAUGAGGACGAGCCAGUUAAAGCUUGAUACACCCUGUAUCUUAAGUUCAUAAAUUAUUAGAACUUAUUACACUAUGCUUCUUUUUACCUCCAUAUUUAACUUCUAUAAGGGUUAUGUGAGGGAUGAUUUAUUUUAAUUCUAAAUGUCUGGUUUAAAUGCAAAUACCAUCUAUGAUUGUGUUGCGAAUGUUUUAUAAAUAAGUGGAAGCUAAUGUGCCAUUGUAAUACCCCUUCUCAUUUAUAUGUUAAAACCAAUUUGCAGAUUCA